GGAGGCAGGAACGUGAGCAGCGAGUCUAUGCUCCCUUAUUACGCAGCAGCCAGUGGGUGUGCUGUGGGCAUGUUCAACACAUCCAUGGGGGAGCUGCAGAAGCACUUGUACAAAGGGGAAUACUAUGCCUUCAAGUACGCCCCCAUGUUCGAGAGCGACUUCAUCCAGAUCAGCAAGAGAGGGGAAAUGAUUGGCAUGCAUAACCAGGCAUGCAUGGUGACCGUGGGCAUUGCGUCCACCAGCCCGAUUAUGCCUUUGCCCAAUGUCAUGCUGUUAGCCCGGCACGUGGCGUAUGUUGAGGAUCAGCCCCGUCCAGAGGCCAGCUCCAGGAGCAAGAUGCAGCACCCCCACUCUUCAAAGACCCUGGAGUUGACCAGGCUACUCCCCCUGGAGUUUGUGAAGAUUUCUGUCCAUGACCGUGAGAAGCAGCAGCUUCGGCUGAAACUGGCCAGCGGGAGAUCAUUCUACUUACAGCUCUGCCCACCCUCCAAUGCCAUGGAAGACAUCUUCUCCUACUGGGAGAAGCUCAUCUACCUCCUUCGGCCACCUGCUGAGGGCUACGGCAGCACCCAUGCCAUCCCUGCUGGGGAUGGGGUCGAGGUGCCUGUUUUCAUAGCCAAAGAGAAAUUUCCUAUGAGUCGACCUAUUCUGCACAGCCAAGGGGAGCAGGAUAAAGUAAGUAUCAAGAGUCUUCAUGUGUUGUCUCACAUUCCUGGCCAGGAUAAGGUGGAAGUAAAGCCGGAAAUAAUCAUGGCGGCUGCAGCCGGGAAGGGCUUCCCUAGCACAGCAGGCAUAGAGAAGGACCUGCUGCCCCAUCACUAUACCAUCCAAAGAGUGCCCAAUGUGUCCCCUCCCAGUACACCAUCUGUCCCAAGCAUUGUAGUAGCAGCUGCUGCCAGCAGGGGUCCUGCCAGUAAGGCCAUGGCUGGGGCCCCCACGGGGAUGGGGACAGCCACAGCAGGCAGCCAGGGGUCUGGCGUAAGUGUAGCCCCGGCUGGGACUGCAACUGGGCAGGUAACAGAGACCGUGUCUGCCAGCAGUGUUAGUCUAAUGCUGGCUGGCGCUGCCAGCAUGUCACCAGACUCGGUGAUCAUGGCUUCGGCAGGCACCGGCAGCCUGACGCCCUCAGGCCACGUGAGUGUGGCCUCUGCUGGAGCUGGGAGUGUGGCGGGCCUAGGAACCGUCACCCCGCUCAGGCCCGAGUACCCCCUGGUGUCAAGCUUGCAGAGCGAGGGCGACAUGAGUGAGCGG